UAACAACACAGACUGGAAUUCAUUCACUUUUUGGAGCUGGGAACUUCUUGAGUGACACACUGGAGAAGACUCAAGGUGCCAACCAUGGAUCCGAAUUUGUUCGGAGGGGCCCCGAGGUUCCUCACCCGUCCCAAGGCCUUUUCUGUGUGCAUGGGCAAGGACACCACCCUGAGCUGCACCAUCGUAGGCAGCCCCACGCCGCUCAUCACCUGGGAGAAGGAGAAGCUGAAGCUGACAUCCGGGGGUCGCUUCAAGACCGUAGAGGAUGGUGAAGUGUACCGUCUCACCAUAUAUGACUUGGCGUUGGAAGACAGCGGCCAGUACCUGUGCAGGGCCAAAAACAACAUCGGGGAGGCCUAUGCUGCUGUGACCCUGAAAGUGGCCCUUCCCACAGAGUUGGCUCCCAGGGCGCCCGUGUUCAUGACCAAGGCCUCCUCAGCACGUGUAGGUUUAGGCGGUGAUGCCGUUUUCCACUGCAGAGUUGUAGCCCACCCUGAAGCCAACUUUGACUGGGAGAAGGACGGACGCUACCUGGGCGAAUCCAACCGCGUCAAGAUUGUGUCCGACAGCGACAGCAGCACCUUGAAGAUCCAGAGCGUACGCAACCUGGACAGCGGCACCUAUACAUGUAGGGCCCAGAACACCUUGGGUCGGGCUCACGCCUCCGCUGCCCUCGUGGUAGACGCUCAGGACGUCCACCUGCUCUCCUCCGACAACCACACCUCCCUCCUCUCUCACCUCCAGAAGCGCAAAGAAGAAAUGAAGAAGGACAUCUCUGUUUUUCGCACGGAGGGCACCACAUCUUCCUUCUCCUCCGGCAAAAUCACUGACGGUUUGGAACACGAGGUGAGGUCGUCGGUCCUGGCAAAGCUGCCCAAGGGCGUGUUCACCCGCACGUGCACCGUCACUGAGGGCAAGCACGCCAAACUGAGCUGCUUUGUAACAGGUCACCCUAAGCCACACAUCAUUUGGAGGAAGGAUGGGACUAACAUCAGCGAGGGCCGCCGCCACGUCAUAUAUGAAGACUACGCUGAGAACUUCAUCCUUAAAAUCCUAUACUGCAAGCAGAGCGACAACGGCUUCUACACCUGCAAUGCCACUAAUAUGGCGGGACAGACCUACAGUGCUGUGCUGGUAACAGUUAAGGAGCCAAAUGUGCCGUUCAGGAGGAAGCUUCAAGAUGUGGAGGUCCAAGAGAAAACGUCGGCUACGCUGAUGUGCGAGGUGCCGGUCAUUAGCAACAUGACCAACUGGUUCAUGGAGGAGACACGUCUGGAGCAAAACGGCAAGUAUCGCAUGGAUGAACAAGGCACCCUGCGUCGUCUAACCAUACACAACGUGACCACCAACGACGACGGCGUGUACAUCUGUGAGAUGAAGGAGGGCAGCCGCACUGUGGCCGAGCUCACCGUUCUGGGCAACAUUACCAAGAAGCUUCCUCGGAGGACAGUGGUUCCCGUUAGUGACACUGUAAUCUUCUGUGUGGAGCUGGAGCGUUCCUGCCCUGAUGUCUACUGGACCCGCAAUGGCGUCAAACUUAAGGAGGAUUCACGUAUUUCCAUCGCUUGCCUGCUCAGACAGUACACCCUCACUAUUAGAGAGUGUCAGGCGGAAGACUCCGGAGAAGUGGCAUUUGUGGCUGGAGACUGCAAGACGUCCACCCGAUUCUCUGUCACUGCGGCAAGGAAGCAUCCUCCCGAGCCCCCAGUUGAUGCCGUGGUGCAGAACAAGACUGACUCAUCCAUCACCCUUCAAUGGUCUCCUCCUGACAGUGACCGCCCUGUACCAAUCAAGGGCUACGUCGUAGAGAGGAGAAAAGUCGGAACUCAGACAUGGCAGAGAUGCAACGCUGGAGAAACGAUUUUGUCCACAGAGAUCAUGAUCUCUAACUUCAUAGAGGAAGCCACUUACCAAUUCCGCAUCUCUGCGACCAACGACUUUGGCCAGAGUCCCUACCUUGAAGUGCCUGGAAGCUUCUACCUUGAGCCCACUGCAGAAAUCAUAAAAGGCCUCGUGAGUAGCACUGCAGUGUCUGGCGAGGAGUUCUCUAUCUCAGUGGAGCUGUCGGCCGUUUGCUCGGGCUUCUGGUCUCUCAGCGGGCGUCUCUUGCGCAGUGGAGGCGACUACCUCAUCACACGCUCCAAGAACUUGCACACUCUGCUCAUACGGAACGUGACUCAGGACAUGAACGGUGCAGAAAUGAAGUUUGUGGGCGGAGGCUCGCAGAGCAGAUGUAUCUUAGCCGUAAAGGCCCCCACUGUCAUGUUUGUUAAUAAGUCAAAUCAGCUAGAGGUGGUGACCUGCAGCGCCCAAGCCACCGCUCAGAUGACGACUGAAGUGUCGGAUUACGAUGCACAGGUUGUUUGGAUGAGAAAUGGCCGAGAGGUAAAAUUGGGCAAGAAGUAUGAAAGCGUGAUCAUGGACCGCAGGAGGAUCCUCAUGGUCCACAACGUUACAGAAGAAGAUGUGGGCAUUUAUGAGUGUGUUUGCGGUGAUGACAGAAUGUCCAUGCAGCUCGCUCUUAAAGAUGAACCCCCAAAGUUUCUGAACAAGCCGAGAGGUCCCAUGGGCCUGGUAUCCUCUUUGAAAGGAGAUCUUGAGCUGAGCUGUGAAGUCUGUCCUGCCAGCACGACAGUGGUGUGGAAAAAAGACCUAGUGGAGAUCACUGAGGACCAAAGAACUAGCAUAAUCUCCAAAGGAAUCCUAAGGAAACUCAUCAUCAAGAAUGCCAAAAAAAGCGACCAAGGUCAAUACACUUGUGAGACAGGCGCCGACAAAUUCACAUUCCAGGUGAAGAUUAAAGAAACUCAAGCCCAGCCUGCUUUCUCCAAAAAGGAGUCAGUGCAAAAGGAAGUGAAGGCUGUUCUCUCCCAAAAAGCCACCCUUAGUUGCACAAUGUCGGACAGCCAGACAGAAGUGAAAUGGUACAAAGACAGCAAGUUGCUCACAUCCAGCCGGACGAUCUACUCUGAAGUCAAUGGCAGUACUCGUCUGUUGGUGAUUGAAAAAGUGGAGAGGAGUGAUGCUGGAGAGUACACCUGCGAAGCUGGAGGAGAGAAGCUGGUCUUUAAAUUAAUGGUGCAUGAUGAUCAGUCGCCCUUCUUCAACAAGGAAUCGGUCCAUAGAGAAGUGAGUGCCUCUCUCUCCCAGAGAGCCACUUUAAGCUGUGAAGUAUCUGACUCAAACAAGGAGGUGAAAUGGUACAAAGAUGGCAAGCUGCUCUCCUCUGGCAAGAAAAUACACGCAGAGUCGAAGGGCAAGAGUCGCCAGCUAGUGAUUGAGAGUGUUGAGCAGAAAGAUGCCGGGGAGUACAUAUGUGAGGCUGGGUCAGAGAAGCUAGCUUUUAAAAUCCAUGUGACUGAGCCUCCGUCAGCCUUCUUCAACAAAGGAGAGAAAGCCACGCUGAGCUGCAAAUUGUCUGAUUCCAAGACAGAGGUGAAAUGGUACAAAGACGAGAAGCUGCUUGUCAUGGGCAAGACACUGCGUACAGAGGUGAAAGGCAAGACAUGUCAGCUGGUGAUUGACAGUGUGGAGAAAAAGGACGCUGGGGAAUACAUCUGUGAGACUGGAGCUGAGAAGCUGAUCUUUAAACUCCAUGUGACAGAUCUUCCAACUAGCAAAGCAGCCUUCUCUAAUACUGACUCACUUCAGAGAGAGGUGAUAGCCUCCCUGUCCCAGAAAGCGCUCCUUACCUGUGAAGUGUCCGACAUCAACACAGAAGUGAAAUGGUACAAGGAUGGCAAAGUGCUGGCCUCCAGUAAGAGUAUACGUGCAGAGUCCAAGGGCCAGAGUCGCCAGCUGGUGUUUGACAGCGUGGAGAAGAAGGAUGCUGGGGAGUACAUCUGCGAGGCUGGAAGUGAGAAGCUGACGUUCAGGAUACAAGUGGCAGCCGUUCAGCCCAAGUCGGCCUUCUCCAACAAGGAGUCCAUCCAGAAGGAGGUGAAAGCUCUUGUCUCUCAGAAAGCUACCUUGACCUGUGAGGUGGAGGAGUCCGAGACUGAGGUAAAAUGGUACAAGGAUGGCAAGCUGCUGUCUUCGAGCAAGACUUUACGCAUGGAGUCGGAGGGCAAGAGUCGACACCUUGUGAUCGACAGUUUGGUAAAGGAGGAUGCUGGAGAAUACACCUGUGUGGUUGGAACUGAGAAGCUGACAUUCAAGAUACAAGUGGCAGCUGAACCUGCCAAGUUUGAGAAGAAGGCUGUCAAGGACACAUCAUUUAUUAUUCAAGCGAGUGAGAACAUUGUUUUGACCAGCGAGCUGACGGCUGAGAGCAGCGUGAAGUGGUUUAAAGACGGCGUGGAGCUUAAAGAGAGCAGCAAGUACCAAAUGAAAAAAGACCGUCUCUCGCGCACUCUCGUUGUCAAAUCCACCGAAUCUAAAGACAGUGGUGUGUACUCCUGUCACACAGCAGAUGACAAAUUGGAUUUUAAAGUCCAGGUUAAAGAGGCAGUGUUGAAGUUUGUUGUUCCAUUGAAAGCCUCAACAUUGGAUUUAGGGGGCACGCUGAGUCUGAUGUGUGAAUUGAACCAAGCCUCGGGAGAUGUCGUGUGGCACCAUGGUGGUUCUGAGAUUAAACCCGGAGGCAGGAUGUGCAUAAAGACAGACGGUGCUAAGCGAAUUCUCACGGUGACCGGCAUGACUCGGGAAGACGGAGGCGAAUACAGCUGUGAAUGUAAAAAUGACAAGACCUCAGCCAAAGUCUCCUUGAAAGCUCCCAGAUCAGUCAGGCUGACUUCCAAGCCCAACAAUGUUGCCGCAAUAGAGGGAACAGACGCCGUUUUCAAGUGUGCUGUCACCCCAGCCGAUGUGCACGUUAAAUGGCUCCACAACAACGUUCCCAUCACUUCCGGAACCAAGUAUAAGAUUGAGCAUGCCGGCAACUGCCACUCAGUCACCAUCAUCUCCGUCACCGAGAAGGACGCCGGAGAGAUCAGCGUUGAUGCUGAAGGGAAAAGCUGCAAAGCUACUCUUCAAAUCCAAAGUGAGCCGGUGAUGUUUAAGAAAAAGCUUGAGAACUUGACAGUGGAGGAGGAGAGUGAAGCAAAGAUGGAGGUGGAGCUAAGUAAGCCGUCAGAUGAAGUCAAGUGGAUGAAGAACAGCGUUGUGUUGAAGACUUCAGGGAAUGCGGAGGUCCGAGUCGAUGGGGCUAAGCAGGCUUUAAUCUUCAAGAGUGUCACUUGCUCUGACCGCGGAUUCUACUCAUGUGAAACCCUUGAUGACAAAACGCAGGCCAAGCUCACUGUGGAGCCCAAGAAAAUCCACAUUAUAAAGGGUCUUAUUGACACAAAGGCACACGAAACAGAAACAGCCAUCCUUGAGGUUGAGCUCAGCCAGGCUAAUGUUGAGGCUUUGUGGACCAGGGAUGGGAUCAGGCUUAAAUCGGGUCCAGACCACCGCAUUGCAGUUAUGGGAAAGAAGCACAUCCUUACAUUGUCAAAUCUGACGAGAGAGGACGCAGGAACUAUCAGUUUCCAAGCAGAGGACGUGCGUACCUCCUGCAAACUCCGUGUUUCAGAACCUCCUGCUGUGAUCACAAAACCCCUUGUGGAUAUCAGUGUUACUGAGCAGGAGAAGGCGACUUUUGGGUGUGAGGUGUCCAGAACAAAUGCAGAAGUAGAAUGGUUGAAGGAUGAUGUAGGACUGAAACCAGGUAGGAAUUAUAGUAUCCACUCUUUGGCACGAAAACGCACUUUGAUCAUCAACAAGUGCGCACCGGAAGAUGAAGGCACUUACAUCUGUCGCACCACCGAUGACAGCACUAGUGCCAAGCUCACCAUUAAUGCAAGAGAUAUUAAGAUUGUGAAGAAGCUGGAGGAUGUGGAGGUAACGGAGAAGGAGAGUGCAGCAUUUGUCUGCGAAAUUUCACACGACGACGUGGAAUGCCUGUGGUCCAGAGGGGGCGCUAAACUCAAAGCCGGGGACAACAUCAAGAUAAGACAAGAAGGCAGGACACAUAAGGUGCUGUUUAUAAGUGUGUCUCCAGAAGAUGUAGGUGAGAUUACCUUUACAGCCGAGAAGGCCUCUUCGACCGCGGAACUAAAGGUGACAGAACUCCCCGUCAAGUUUGUGAAGAAGCUCAGGGAUAAGAUAGCCAUCUAUAAUCACCGCGGCCGCCUGGAGUGCCAAGUGUCACGGGCCAGCGCCAAAGUCAAGUGGUUCAAAGGCAAGAAGGAGCUCAGGACCGGCAAAAAGUACGAGAUUAAAAGUGAGGACGUGUACCGGAAGCUCACCGUCAACAACGUGGACUCCGGGGAUGAAGACACUUACACGUGUGAUGCCGUUGACGACAAGACGUCAUGUAAACUGCUUGUGGAAGAGCAGUCCAUUAACAUCGUGCGGGAGCUGAGUUCUGUAGAAGUGAUGGAACCCUUCGCCGCUGUCUUCGAAGUUGAGAUCAGCAUGCAACUGGGGAAGGCGCCAAUAUGGACUCUCAGUGGAGUCGCCGUGCAAGACAGCGCUGAUAUCGAGAUAGCGAAGGAGGGCACAAUGCAUCGCCUCACAUUCAAGAAGACCAAAGCGUCGAUGACGGGUCCCGUGCAGUUCACAGCUGGGAAGAGCAAGUCCCUUGCGCAGCUCACAGUCAAAGAGCAUCCUCUUGAGAUUACAGAGUCCAUCAAAGAUGUAAAAGCCAAGGAGAAAAGCUCAGCCAUGCUCUCCUGUAAAUUCUCCGACCCACCCAAAAGGGUGAAGUGGUUUAAAGAAGAGGUACCUCUCUCUCCAUCGGACAAGUACAACAUCAAGCAAGAUGCCACAAGGGCUCAACUCACCAUUCAUAUGCUGACUGAGCAAGAUAGUGGCGAGUACAAAUGUCAGUCGGGGCCAGCCGUGACAAAAGGCACUCUCCUAAUUGAAGUGCGUGAUAUUAAAUUCACCAAGCAUCUAGCUGACACAGAGGUGGACGAGGACAGCGACGCAGUGUUCACCUGCGAGGUCAACUACGCCGAUGAAGAGGCCCAGUGGCUUCUGAAUGACAAGGCGCUCUUUACGGAUGACGUCAUUACCGUAACACACGAGGGGAAAGUUCACAAGGUCAUCUUGAAGAACCUGGCACCUCAGGACGGCGGCAUUAUCACCGUUCAAAUACGCAAAGUGAAGGAGUCUGUCACGCUCAAGGUUAAAGAAAAGCCAUCCCUGUUUCUCAAGUCUCUGGAUGACGUCGUGGGCGAGGAGAAAGGCUUGAUCACUCUGGCUUGUGAGGCGUCAAAGCCCAGAGUUUCUCCCACGUGGAGGAAAGAAGGCAACCUUAUCAAAGCUGGAACCAAAUAUGAGUUCCUUCACACGGGCAAAUCUCUCGGACUUAUCAUCAAAGAUGUGAGCAAAGAAGACGCUGGGGAGUACACUUGUGAUCUUGGGACUGAGGUGUCCAAGGCUAAGGUCACUGUAAGAGAAAUCGGAAUUGGGAUCACAAAGUGGCUGAAGUCAUCUGAGGUGAACGAGGGGGAGACAUGCAGUUUUGAGUGCAUCCUAUCCCGGGAGAGCACUGACGAGUGCUCCUGGACUCUGAAUGGACAAAGUGUGACCAACGGAGGACGCUUCAAAGUCACUAGCAGAGGACGGAAAUACAUGCUGACCAUCAAGGACGUCACCCCUGCUGAUGCUAGAGAGGUGGUCUUCAGCAUUAAAGAUCUCGCCUCGAAAGCAACGCUAAGCGUUGAAGGAAAAGCUUCAUCACUGUCAAGGGAUCUAGAGAAUGUCAGUGUUGUUCAAGGGGAAGACGCUGUCUUUACCUGCGAAGUGACACAAGCGACUUCCAUGGUCAAAUGGACAAAGGAGGGCAAAGCCAUAAAGAAAAGCCAGAGGUAUGACAUCAGAAAAGAGGAGCGGGUCAUGACAUUGGUCAUCUACAGUGUCUCGGCUCGGGACUCGGGAGAAUACAGUUGUGAAGUUGUUGGAGGUGCAACCACGAAGGCCCAGCUUCAGGUUAAAGAUCCAAUCCACAAUUUCACCAAACCCCUGAAAGAUGUCCAAGCUGACGAGAAAACCUCCGUGACUUUAGAAUGCGAGACCGCUCAAAACCCGUCAACGGUGACGUGGCUCAAAGGGCACACGGAGGUUAAGCUUGGCGGUCAGUUCGAAAUGUGUCACAAGGAGUGUGUUCUAACUCUCACCAUCAAACAACUGGAGGAAGAGGAUGGUGAUAUCUACACUUGUGACGUGGGCACGGCCAAGAGCAUGGCAAAGGUGACGGUUAAAGCCCUACCUGCAACUUUUAAAGGAAAGCUCAAGAAUCAAGACGUAAAGGAAGGCGAGGCUGUUACGCUUUGCUGUGAGCUAUCGAAGCGUGCAGCCAACGUCCAGUGGAGGAAGGGUGCUGAAGUUCUCGCUGCUGGAAAAAAGUAUGAAAUGCAGCAGAGGGAGGCGUCAUGCGAGCUGCGCAUUAAGAAUCCUACGACCGACGAUAGCGGAGAGUACUCCUGUCUGUGUGGGGACCAGAAGACAUCGGCAACAGUGAAAGUUAACGCAUUACCGCCGUACUUCACACUGAAGCUGCAGAGUCAGGAGGCCCAAGAGGGAUCUAGGGUUGCUCUACGCUGUGAGACAUCCAAACCUCUAGUCUCAGUGGAGUGGAAGAAGGGAAAGGAGCUCCUCGAUUAUGGAGAUAAGUACCAGAUGAAGCAGGAGGCGUACAACAAUGAACUCAUCAUUUUCCAAGCUGUGCCUGAAGACAGUGGAGAGUACAUCUGUGUGUGUGGAGAGCAGACAACCACUGCCCAGCUGAAGAUUAAAGCUUUGCCGGUAACGUUCACAAAGAAGCUGGAAAGUCAGAAGGCUGAAGAAGGAGCUAUGGUGACGCUGCGCUGUGAGACGUCUAAACCUGGAACUCCAGUGGAGUGGAAGAAGGGAAGGCAGGUCCUCAAGUAUGGAGAUAAGUACCAGAUAAAGCAGGAGGCUUGUAUAAAUGAACUCCACAUCAGCCAAGUUGUACCAGAAGACAGCGGAGAGUACAUCUGUGUGUGUGGAGAACACAGCACUACAGCUAGUCUUACCAUUCACGCCCUACCAGUGACCUUCACAAAGAAGCUUCAGAGUCAGGAGGUUGAAGAGGGAGCUAAGGUGACGCUACGCUGUGAGACAUCUAAACCUGGAGCUUCAGUGGAGUGGAAGAUGGGAAGGCAGGUCCUCAAGUAUGGACAAAAGUAUCAGAUGAAACAGGAGGCUUGUGUGAAUGAACUCCAUAUCAGUCAAGUGGUGCCAGAAGACAGUGGAGAGUACAUGUGUGUGUGUGGAGAACAUAACACUACAGCUAGCAUCACCAUUCACGUCACACCAGUGACCUUUACAAAGAAGCUGCAGAGUCAGGAGGCUGAAGAAGGAGCUAAGGUGAAACUACGCUGUGAGACGUCUAAACCUGGAGUCUCAGUGGAGUGGAAGAAAGGAAAGCAGGUUCUCAAGCCUGGAGAAAAGUACCAGAUGAAGCAAAAAACGUGUAUAAAUGAACUCCACAUCAGCCAAGUGGUGACAGAGGACAGUGGCGAGUACAUCUGUGUGUGUGAUGAACACAACACAACAGCUAGCCUCACCAUUAAAGCCCGACCAGUGUCCUUCACAAAGAAGCUGCAGAGUCACGAGGCGCAAGAAGGAGCUAAGGUGACGCUACACUGUGAGACAUCUAAACCUCUCGUCUCAGUAGAGUGGAAGAAGGGAAAGCAGCUCCUCGAGUAUGGAGAAAAGUACCAAAUGAAACAAGAGGCUUGUAUGAAUGAACUCCACAUCAGUCAAGUGGUACCAGAAGACAGUGGAGAUUACAUGUGUGUGUGUGGGGAACACAACACUACAGCUCGUCUCACCAUUCAAGCCCUACCAGUAACGUUCACACAGAAGCUGCAGAGUCACGAGGCUGAAGAAGGAGCUAAGGUGACGCUACGCUGUGAGACGUCUAAACCCGGAGCUUCAGUGGAGUGGAAGAAGGGAAGGCAGGUUCUUAAGUAUGGAGAAAAGUACCAGAUAAAGCAGGAGGCUUGUGUGAAUGAACUUUACAUCAGUCAAGUGGUGCCAGAAGACAGUGGAGAGUACAUGUGUGUGUGUGGAGAACACAAUACUGCAGCGAGUCUCACCAUUCAAGCCACACCAGUGACCUUUACAAAGAAGCUGCAGAGUCAGGAGGUGGAAGAAGGAACUAAGGUGAAGCUACGCUGUGAGACGUCUAAACCUGGAGUAUCAGUGGAGUGGAAGAAGGGAAGGCAGGUCCUUAAAUAUGGAGAAAAGUACCAGAUGAAACAAGAGGCUUGUGUGAAUGAACUCCACAUAAGUCAAGUGGUGCCAGAAGACAAUGGAGAGUACAUGUGUGUGUGUGGAGAACACAACACUGCAGCUAGACUCACCAUUAACGCCCGACCAGUGACCUUUACAAAGAAGCUGCAGAGUCAGGAGGUGGAAGAAGGAACACAGGUGACACUACGCUGUGAGACGUCUAAACCUGGUGUCUCUGUGGAGUGGAAGAAGGGAAAGCAGGUUCUCAAGCCUGGAGAAAAGUACCAGAUGAAGCAGGAGGCUUGUAUGAAUGAACUCCACAUCAGUCAAGGGGUGACAGAAGACAGUGGCGAGUAUAUCUGUGUGUGUGGAGAACACAACACUGCAGCUAGGCUCACCAUUAAAGCCCGGCAAGUGACAUUUACGAAGAAGCUGCAGAGUCAGGAAGCGGAAGAAGGAGCUAAGGUGACGCUACGCUGUGAGACAUCUAAACCUCUCGUCUCAGUGGAGUGGAGGAAGGAAAAGCAGCUCCUGGAGUAUGGAGAAAAGUACCAAAUGAAGCAGGAGGCUUGUAUGAAUGAACUCCACAUCUGUCAAGUGGUGCCAAAAGACAGUGGAGAGUACAUUUGUGUGUGUGGGGAACACAACACUACAGCUCGUCUCACCAUUCACGCCCAACAAGUGACUUUCACAAAGAAGCUGCAGAGUCAGGAAGCCGAAGAAGGAGCUAAGGUGACACUACGCUGUGAGACGUCCAAACCUUUAGUCUCUGUGGAGUGGAAGAAGGGAAGGCGGGUCCUUCAGCCUGGGGAAAAGUACCAAAUGAAGCAGGGGGCCUGUGUGAAUGAGCUGUUUAUUCAUAAAGCAGCAGAGGGGGACAGCGGAGAGUACAGCUGUGUGUGCGCUGACAGUAAAACGACAGCAAGUCUUCAAAUUAAAGCUGUGAAACUUCUUGCUGCUAAUGUGGAUUUAAAGAUGGUACAGGCUACAGAAGCUGUGGAAGCCAGUGGAACUGAAUCAACAUUGGUAGUUAAAAAAGACAAGCAGCAGAAGCAGGAGAUGAAUGAAGCAGUAGAAGCUGUGAUACUGCAGCAGACCCAAGAGAUUUCUACACAGCAACUCAUCAAACAAGAGACUCAGGAGCUCAAAGUUGAAGCCAAUAAACAGGAAACAACAUUGGUAGUUGCUAAGGACAAGCAGAAGAUGCAGGAGAUAAAUGAAACAACGAAAGUACUUCCGGUCACAUUGCUUCAAGAAGUGGAAAGCCAAGAGGUUGACGAGGGAGGUUGUGUUACUUUGCUCUGUCAGCUGUCGAGACCCGGACUUCCUGUCGAGUGGAAGAAGGAAACUCAAGUGCUGAGUUGUGGAGAAAAAUACCAGAUGACACAAAGCGGACUCAGAUAUGAGCUACGCAUUUUUGAUUUGCGGCCUUGUGACACAGGGACGUACUCAUGUUCUUGGGAGGACACCACAAGCUCCGCCUCCCUUAGAGUCAACGCUCUCCCAGUCACUUUUACAACAAAUCUGGAGGACCAAACAGCUGAUGAGGGUCAAAGUGUUAUUCUGCAGUGUGAGCUGUCCAAACCUGGCGUUCCUGUAGAGUGGAGGAAAGGAGAACUUGGUCUUUGUCCGUGUUCCAAGUAUGAAAUUACACAAACAGCGCACAGAGUGGCAUUAGUAAUCCACGAUGUAGACAAAAAUGAUGCUGGAUGUUACUCAUGUGAUGCUGGUUUCCAUCAAAGCACAGCUCAUGUCACUGUGAAGGACCAACCUGUGCUUUUUAAAAGCCAGCUGCAGAACCUGGAGAAGCAGUCAGGGGAGAGCGCUGUUCUCCGCUGUGAGACCACCAAGCCUGGAGCUAGUGUGAUGUGGAGACACAGGGACAGGGUGCUGGCAUCCAGCAGCAAAUAUCACUUGAAACAAGCAGGGACUCUCGUAGAGCUCGUCAUCUAUAAGGUGCAGGGCGUCGACUCGGGAGAAUACUCAUGUGAUACAGGCAGUCACAUAACCUCGGCCAUCCUCACAGUGCAGGAAGUGGACGUGUCAAUAGUGAAAUUCUUGGAGAGCUCCGUCGUACGCGAGGGUGAUGACGUCCGUUUUGAGUGCCUGGUGUCGCAUGAGGACUCACCGUCUGCUCAGUGGACGCUCCAAGACGUCCCGCUGCAGAAUAAUGAAAUGAACGUUAUUAAAGCUGAGGGCCGUACGCACAGCCUCACGCUUCGAGGCGUCACCGCGGCCGACUCUGGCACAGUCACUUUCUCUGUGGGCAACCACACCUCCACGGCCUCGCUCACUGUUGGAGCCGCCGCUGUUUUGUUCAAGAAGAACCUGGAUAGUCAAGAGGGUACAGAAGGAGACAAAGUCACUAUUUCCUGCGAGACAACCAACCCCGACUGCAAAGUGUCAUGGCGGAAGGGCACCACGCUGCUCACACACGGGGAGAAGUACACCAUGCAGCAUAGCGCUGCCUCUCACAGUCUUACCAUUCACAAGCUGAAAAUGGAGGACAGUGGAGAGUAUAGUUGUGACACGGGUGACAAGAAAAGCACUGCUAUUAUCACCGUAAAAGAGAAUGUGCACAUUGUGAGAGAAUUGCACGACGUUACCGUGCUAACCAGGCAGGAUGCCGUCUUUGAGGUGCAGCUGUCUCAUCCCGGUGUGACCAACGCAGAAUGGUGGCUUGCAGACAACCUCCUGCAGAAUAACGACCUGAACCAAAUUAGCAGCGAUGGCAGAGUGCACCGCUUGGUCCUCAAGAUGGUCACCAUGGACGAAUCAGGGGACGUGGCCUUCGUGGUGGGUCAGGAAAAGAGUGUGGCUUGUCUGCUGGUGGAAGAGAAACCCAAAGUGCUUAUCCUAGAAAAGCCGCAUAACACUGCAGCCUUAGAGGGGGAAACCGUCACUCUGGCUUGCACCAUCUCUGACUCCACGGCCACCGUUACCUGGAUGAGAAACAACACGAGCAUCAAAGCUAGUCUCAAGUAUGACCUGAAGAAGAACGGUGCCUUCCAGCAGCUUCGAAUCCACAACGUUGUGCCCGAGGACGCCGGAACGUACACCUGCGACACUGGAGAUGCUCAGUGUGACGUCACCGUCACAGUGGAAGCUGCUCCGGCGUUCUUCAAGACGGAGCUGAAGAACCAGCAAGCGGUCGCGGGUGAUGAUGUCACCCUGCGCUGUGAGGUCUCAAGGCCGGGUGUUCGCGUGGAGUGGAGGAAAGGUGGCAUGGUCCUCACGCCUGGUAAGAAGUAUGAGAUAUGGCAGGAAGGGUGCGUUCAAGAGCUCUGUAUACACAACCUGGAUCCGGAAGACAGCGGUUACUACACCUGUGACGCGGGGGAUCAACUCACCACCGCCUCUGUGGCAGUGCAAGUGAUAGAGGUCUACAUUGUGUCCGGUCUUAAGACCGUCGACGUUUUCGUUGGGCAAUGGGCAACCUUCUCUUGCCAGCUGUCUGGUCAGGCGCCCGGCAAGGUGCAGUGGUGGCUGGAUGGCACUUUGCUGAAGAACAGCCCCACUAUCGAGAUAGGACUGACCGAGAGCCACAUCCACUCGCUCACCUUUAAGAACCUCGCCACAGAUGACUCUGGCACUGUCAUGUUCAAGGCUGGAAAUUUAACAUCAGCAGCCAAGCUCCUUGUCAAAGAUCCCACAGUUGAAGUGGUGAACAACAUGGAGGACCUCAGGGUGCUCGAAAACCAGCCGGCUGAGUUCAUCUGCCAGUUCUCGAGGCCGGUCAAGGCUGAAUGGAAGAAAGACGGGCAGCUAUUGCAGCCCGAUGGCCGCAGGGUGGUAGUGGAGCAGGACUGGACAGUGGCUCGCUUGUACAUUAGCCGUGUGUCUGCUGGAGACACGGGGACAUACUCCUGUGAGGCAGAGGGGACCCGUGUGGUUGCUUCGCUUCAUGUGGAAGCUAAACCUAUCAACAUAGUCCAGGGCCUGGAGAACGUGGAGACCUUUGAUGGGGGAGAAGGGCUCUUCGAGUGCGCCUUAUCCCGCCCAGAGAACAAAGACUGCCAGUGGCUUCUCGGUGACAAACCAGUGAAGCAAUCCCCCAAUGCUGAGAUUGUGUCCUUCGAGAGCGGCCGUCGUCACCUGCUCCUACUCAAAGAGCUGCGGAUUAGUGACAGCUGCACUGUUACCUUCAGAGCAGGCACUGCGUCCACAUCUGCUGAGCUGUCUGUCAAAGGCUGGCAGCUAGGUGUGGUGAAGAGCCUGGAGGACACGGUGGCUGCAGUCGGAGAGAGGGUGGAGUUCUGCGUGAAGCUGACUGAGCCCGUGCCUCCAGCGGAGGUCUUUUGGUACGCUAAUGGAGUGGAACUCAUGCAUGGCGACCUGUGGACCAUGAGGGCCGACGGCUGCUCCUAUCGCCUCAUCCUGAGACAGACACCGCUUUUGCCCCAACAGGAAAUCACAUUUGCAGCACGAGAUGCUCUCUCUCUGGCCAAGCUCUCCAUUAUUACUGUACCGGACCCCCCAGAGGACCCGGAGGUCUUCAGUAAGACUAAACAAUCUGUCACCCUUUCCUGGUUCACUCCUCUGCAAGACGGAGACAGCCCCAUCCUGGGCUACAAGGUGGAGAUGAGGCUGGCGGACAGCUCUCUCUGGCUUCCUUGUCAUUCUGCUCCCGUGUGUAACACUGAGUUUGUGGUGGAGAAUCUCAUCCCGGGCAGUGGCUACAGGUUUAGAGUGGCAGCUAUUAAUAGAGCCGGCACGGGCGAGCCGGUUGAGCUUCCUCUGACUGUGCAGCUCGAAACGGAGGUAAAAGAAGUCGAGGUGGAGCAACUAGGACAGCCCAGUUUGCCUCCAGAGGCUGCUGAAGAGGGUGACCUUCAUGAACUGUGGGAGGCCUCGGCAAAGAAAAGGCGCAUGAGUCGAGAACCCACUCUUGACUCCAUCACUGAACACCCUGAGGAUGAUAAAAAAGGAGCCCAAACGAAAACUCAACAGGAGAAGGAAGUGAAGUUGACCAAAAAGCAACCUGAGAAUGGUUCUGGGGGAUCUUCAAUUGUAUCGUACCUCAAAAAGAACAGCCAGGUUCAGGUAUCCACUGUGACCUCCGAGGACGAGGAUGCCACUGCGAGGUUCUUCAAACACUUCCAGAUGGUUGAUAAGACAACUGAAAUCAAAACGACAACGACGAUGACUCAGCAGACUGAAACAAAGUAUGUGUCAGUAGAGGACACGGACAUCGUGGAGAUCAGCAAGGAAGACGAGCCUGAGCUGAGAGAAGCUGCUAUUAAGAUCCAAGCGGCAUUCAAGGGCUACAAGGCACGCAAGGACAUGCGGCCUGUCUUUAAGGAUGUAUUCAAAGACCAGACCAAAGAACCUGAUGGCACCAUCCACCUGGAGUGUGUGGCAGAAGGUCGACCUGAUAGAGUACGCUGGCUGAAGGAUGGAGAACCGCUGUGUGACGGCAAGCACCACCAUAUCGACAUCUACAAUGACGGCACAUGUUCUUUGGUCAUCACCGCCAUCACCACAAAAGACACGGGGGUGUACACAUGCGAGGUCACCAAUAAGUUUGGCGUCAUCUCUCACAGUGGGAAGGUGACAGUGGGAACGGUGAGGGAAUCAUCUGGGCGGCGUCCACUCUCAGUGGGCUACAGCGCUGACAGCGAGCCCGACAGCUCAUCGGGCAGCGAGAUGGAUGAAUCCCUGAGGCAGGCCAGCAGACGCCUCCGCCACCUGCUGCGCACAAGCCUCCCCCCGGACGUAGAGGAAGAGCCUUUUGUCAGUGCGGAUGAAGGAGACCUGAAUCCCCCGGAUCCCCACUCGUACCGUGAGGACGACACUUACAUUUACAUCCGCUUUGACACGUGGGGGGAGGCAGACGUGGCCUCAAAGAGGUUCCAGGAGAUGUUUACAAUCCACGGAGUUCCCGUGGAAACCACCAUCUUGGAGGCGGGACAUCUCAAAGUGGAGUUGCGGAUUAGGAAGUUGGGUUAUACUCAGGAUGGAACCGAAACACCUACACAAGAAAAACAGCCUCCUGCAUUCCUGUCUGGAGCUCCUGCUGCCCCGGUCUUCUUGACAGAGUUACAAAAUCAGGACGUCCCAGACGGCUACCCGGUCAGCUUUGACUGCGUGGUGAUCGGAAAACCCUCCCCAGCGGUACGCUGGUACAAAGAUGGCAAACUGCUGGAGGAGAAUGACCAUUAUAUGAUCAACGAGGACCAGGAGGGCUGCCAUCAGCUUAUCAUCACCGCCGUACUGCCCACCGACAUGGGCGUCUAUCGCUGCACGGCGGAAAACAGCAGCGGCAUCGCGGCCACUAGGGCUGAGCUCAGGGUCGACAUGUCUUGCAGCUCUGAUUAUGACACCGCUGCUGAUGCUGCCACUGAAACGUCAUCUUACAUCAGCGCCAAGGGCUACCUGUCCAGGGAGACUGAGACCUUUGAGUCUGUAACAGAAGAUGAUCAGCUGCCACAAAUCGUGGAGGAACUUCACGAUGUUCAUGCCAGUCCAGGUUCACCGAUAGCUAGGAUGCAGCUCAGAGUAAAAGGUUUCCCCAAACCAAGGGUUUAUUGGUUCAAAGAAGGCCAACCCCUGCGGGCCUCGGAACGGGUGUCGUUGUUAGCCCAGCAGGAUGUUCAUGCCUUAGAGAUCCUGGAGGUGAAGAAAGACGACAUGGGGGAGUACUCUGCUUACAUCAGUAAUGCAGCGGGUUCUGCUUACUCCUCUGCCCGACUCAUAGUUCUGAACCCAGGGGAGAUUCUUCCACAAGAUCAGAAAGACUCCCGUGAGUCAUUGGUGCCACCACGUUUCCUGGAAAGGUUCAGCAACAGAAAAGUGAAACAAGGAGCCAGCAUCACGUUAUCUGUCAAAGUGGAAGGGUCUCCCACUCCGAUGGUCUCUUGGCUAAAGGAGGAGUCGCUGGAAGACGUGCUGUGGAUCAAGACCGACACCAAGGGAUACAAAAUAGCAAGCUCAGGACGCCAGCAUAGCCUCAUCUUGAUGGAUGUGGGAACAGAGUACACCGGUGCCUAUACAUGCAUUGCCACUAAUAAGGCGGGACAGUCCAUCUGUACCGCUCACUUCGAGGUGGAUGACACUCCACUACAAAAGAAAGAGACCAAACCCUCAGAAGUUCUUGGGAUUAAAGUCAGUCCACCAAAGGAGGAUGCAAACAGGGGGCAAGAGAGUAAAAUGCCCUACUUAGGAGAGGUCGGUUCAGAGGAAUUCCUCAUGAAACUCACCUCCCAGAUUACUGAAAUGGUAUCAGCCAAGAUCACCCAAGACAGCACACAGAAUCUGGAAGUGCUCCAGUGGAUGAAAUCUUGGCCCAAAACUACCACUUCAUUGCGAGUGCCAGGCGCUGACAGCGACGACGAGACCAAGACACCUUCGGCGUCACCUCAUCACGGCCGCUCUCGUCCCCCCUCCCUCGUGGCGGACUCCUCCUCUGAAUCUGAUGAAGGGGAUGCCAGGGGAGAGAUGUUUGAUAUCUAUGUAGCGACAGCCAACUACGACCCCACUGUGGCAAGCAAAGAGUCUAUCUCCCUGAAGGAGGGACAGUAUGUAGAGGUUUUGGACUCGGCUCACCCGCUCAAGUGGUUGGUACGGACCAAACCCACCAAGAUGACGCCAUCCCGCCAAGGCUGGGUGUCACCUGCCUACCUGGACAAAAAACUUAAACUGUCUGCAGAUGCAGGCGACAUUCCAGAGGCAAGUGUUGAAGAGGUGUCUGAGAAGAAGAAGUUAUUCCAACUGAUCCAGGACUUGAUCGGCGGUGAAUCCGAGUUUGUCAAAGAGAUAGGCUUCUUCACGGGUCAUCACCUGAGGCACGCCGACAGCCCGGAUGCACCAGCUGACGUCAGCAGCCAGAAAGAGUCCAUAUUUAGAAACAUCGAGGACAUUAAGGAGUUCCACAACAAGGCUUUCCUUCCCAAUUUGAGCGACUGUGACACAGACGAUGACGUGGCCAUGUGCUUCCUGAAGAACAAGGAGGGCUUUGAGAAGUACCUCCAAUAUCUUGUAGGCCAGAGCCAGGCUGAGUGUGCCGUCAGUGACAAAACAGUGCACCACUUCUUCAAGGAGUACAUGGGAAAGGAACAAGCCACUGCCGACCAGCCUGUACGCAGCAUCAACACCUACCUCCAGCAGCCUCUGGAGAGGAUUCAGAAGUAUAAAGUCUUCCUCAAGGAGCUCAUUCGAAACAAGGCAAGAAAUGGCCAGAACUGCUGCCUCCUGGAGAAGCAUACGCCAUGGUGUCCUGCGCUUCCUCAACGAUCUGAGAAACAUACAAAUUACACACAUCACGUCUCCAUGAUUGAGAACUACCCCGCCACCCUUGAAGCGUUAGGAGAGCCUCUCAGACAGGGACCUUUCCAAGUGUGGGAGGGCGCUCCUGGUAUAAGAACAUCUUCUAGAGGUCACCACCGCCACGUCUUCCUCUUCAAGAACUAUUGCAUCAUCUGCAAAUCCAAAAGAGACAGCAACAUUGACACACAAACAUAUGUCUUUAAGAACAUGAUGAAGCUGAACAACAUUGACGUGAACGAGACCGUGGAGGGUGACGAUCGUGCUUUCGAGAUCUGGCAUGAACGUGAGGAUUCUGUGAGGAAAUACACCUUGCAGGCCCGAACUGUUACCAUCAAAAACUCCUGGUUGAGAGACCUCAGAGAACUUCAACAGAGAUACACCAUGACUGCCUGGAGUCCUCCUGACUUUGUGGAAAUUCUGGCAAACUGCACAGCCGAACUCGGACAGACCGUUAAACUAGCGUGCAAAGCCACAGGAGUACCCAAACCUACCAUCACCUGGUACAAAGAUGGACGCAUCGUGGAGGCAGACCCUCAUCACAUCAUCAUCGAGGAUCCCGACGGCUCCUGCACGCUCAUUCUGGAUAACAUGACGGCAGAAGACUCGGGCCAGUAUAUGUGCUUUGCGACAAGCUCAGCCGGCAACGCCAGCACUCUGGGCAAGAUCACUGUUCAGGUGCCUCCUCGUUUUGUGAACAAAAUGAGGAAUGCUGUCUUGGUCGCUGGUGAGGACACUCAGUUCACCUGUGUCAUUCAGAGCGCCCCCAGUCCUAAAAUCAGAUGGUUCAAGGACAGCAGGCUGCUGACAGACCAGGAAAAGUAUCAGACCUACUGUGAGCUUCGCAGUGGGGUUGUGGUUUUGGUGAUCAAAAACUUGACAGAGCGGGACCUGGGGCAUUAUGAGUGUGAGUUGUCUAACCGUCUUGGCAGUGCCAGGUGUGCUGCAGACUUAGUCGUUCCUUCUGCUGCUGGCUCUGGUGAGCAGGCCAUUGUUAUUGAAGUUACUGAACAAGAGACAAAAAUACCGAAGAAAACCAUCAUUAUUGAGGAGACUAUAACCACAGUGGUGAAGAAUCCCCGUAUGAGGAGGCACAAGUCCCCUGGCUUGAUGGUGGCUGGAGCUCACCGCACGGAAAUUUCCACCUCAGAAACCUCCACAACCAGGACAAGAAGGAUGGCCCCGCCGAGGAAACCCACAAUCCCGACCUUCUAUGUCACUGAGGCCCUGAGUACAGAGGCGAGUGCUGCCGCCACUGUGGAGAACGAACCCAGUUGGGUUGAGGUGGAAGAGGUGAUCGAGUACAAGGUGAAUAAAUCUCCUCGAUUGUCAAGGAGGAGGGGCGUGUCGCCGGCGGUCUCUGAUCGCGCAACCACUCCUUCCAGACCUAAACGAUCCCCACCGGAAAACCCGAAUGCAAACAAUUCUAACAACAAUCUAGUAGAGCAGGCCUAUACCCUAGAAGCUUCUGAUUCUCCACCAGGAGUAUCGGUUCUUACAGCUGGAGAGCAAGUCAUGGAGGAUCAACAAACCGUCAUUUGGGAACCUGAUGAGGACAGUGAGUUUGAUUACUGCGGAAAACAGGAAGCAAAGAUGCCAACACCUGGGGCUCGUGUUUUAGCACUGGAAGACUUGGAGGAUUAUGUCCCAGAGGAAGGAGAAUCUUACGGAUCAACCAGCUGCGGUCCUGAUGAGAAACCUUGUGAGAUCGCAGUCCUCCAAAGAGAGAUCGGAGGCUCCAGUGUGGGACAACCGGUACUCCUCAAUGUGGGACGUCCUGUGUUGGCUCCAAGGCAGAGGGGCGGCUUCUUCACCCGCUUCCGAGAGCAUCUCUCCGGCAGCCUGUUCUCACCCACCGCCCCUCAGGCAAGCGGGUCCACGUCGGAACGCCAAGUCCCCAUUCAAGUGAGCCGCGCAAAGCUGGAGGUGAAGCCAUCUUACUGCUCCGAGGUGCAGAGAGUGGAAGGCGGGCAGCAGAGCUUUAAAACCAAAAUAUCUACUCAGACGUACGACUACACACCAGUGGGAAACCCUGUCACGCUUGAGAUUAGCGACGAUGACCAGAACCAGAACCAGUAGCUGUUUAACAUCAAUAAACCUUUUUAGUCUUAAAUGGGGCUGACUCCAUGAAGAUAACUUUAAACUAAAAUAUAACCAAACCAUUCCAUAUCAGGAAAUACUUUUUCCCCUGCCUAGUGGUUUUUAAGCGAUCCUUAUUGGGUCAUCACAACAUCAAAACUAAACCAUGUUUGCCUUAACCUCAACUUUUGACACAAAACCUACUUAUUUCUGUCACAAACACUGAAAGACAUGAUAAACAUGCAUUUUGCAGCAGUUGAGACAGAAUGUAUUGUAGUACUUGGCUGCAGCCAGCAGAGGUGCUGUUGAUUAUACUAGUCUAAAGAACAGCUGUGGGAAACUUGACUUAAGAGUUCAGAACAUUUAGACAGAGUUUCUUAUCCCAGAACUAUAAAAUACCUUGAAAUAGUUAUCACUUGUCCUUGUGGGUCAACGAAAUUGAGUGAAUAAAUAAAUGAUGGCCAUGUAAGGAGCGUUCAGUCGCACAAUGUGCUUUGUAUUGUUUGGACUGACGCAACCGCUGAAGGGCCACUGUUUGUCAUGAGGACAGUAAAACACACACAAAGUAUUGAAGUACACUCAUAAUGACUGGAUUUUAGACAAUCGAUGCAUUAUGAACAUGUAGUUCUAAAACUAAAACAUUAAAGAGAGUUACUAGUGUUGUGUUGUUUGCUUUUGAGUUUAUUUAAAUGUAUCACUCACGGUUACACAUACUUUAAGUUGGCUUUCUUUGUGGAUAAUACGUUAUUAAAAAGGUAAUCCAGAGACAUGUCUGUUUUUAAGUAAAUUAUUUUUGUGAGCACCAGUAAUGUACAAUGUCACUAUCACCAGUAAUUGUGUUCUCUUUGGAGACAUUUUAGCGCCGUGUCAUGUGGUUCAAUAAUGUGUGAGCUCACGGUUUUUGUUGAGUUCUUUUUUCUUUUUUUUUAGAUAAUUGACUUGCAUGGCUUUGCUUUUUCAAAGCAGUUAGUAACUUAAUGACUUGAAGGAUUAAAGACUGUACUGUUUGUUUCAGAUUUACCGCACUCACAGCUUGCGAUUGCUUGUAAAUGUGUAGUUUUUCAAAAGAAAAUGUCUUUCA